AUGCAGCAAAUGCGCAAUGUGGAGAUGCAGCAUCCUCAGCAAGUACAGCCAAAGCAGGAAGUAGACGAGAGCGGCAGUAAUGGCCUUGCAAGUCAGCAAAAGAUUAAGCUCGGAAAUUUGCAUUUCAUUCAAGACCCAAACGACCCUCAGAAGUGGAUUAUUACUUCGGCAGCAGCUGAUACUCCGACCGAAACAACCGCGCCAGCAGUAUCGUCGUCUUAUCAGCCGGGAUAUCGUUACAAUCGACAGAAUGAAUUUGAUGUUACACCAACUGCUUCUACGGUAGGCCAACAACUGGGAUACAAGCAGCAAAAAACACCCAAAAGAACAGCCUGCAGCUGCCCUAACUGUCAAAGCAGUAUCAAUAACAAACUUGUUAAAAGUGGCGAGAAACAGCGUUUGCACAUAUGCCACCUUUGUCAAAAAACAUAUGGGAAGACAUCACAUUUACGCGCUCAUCUGCGAGGACAUGCGGGGCAAAAGCCGUUCGCAUGCGACUGGGCUCACUGCCAGAAGAGGUUUACUCGCUCCGAUGAAUUACAGCGGCAUCGCAGAACUCAUACGGGUGAGGGCCACAACAACGCAGAGUCGGGCGGGCGGACUCGAGCGUCGGUGGAUGCGGCUGUACGGGCCGUGGCAUCUGCGGAAGUGAACUCAACCCAGGCAAAUUUGAUCAGUACACAACCAUCAGCUCUUAUUAAUUCGAAUUAA